UAACGGCGGGGCCCGAAACCGACGAAUGAUCGCGUCCGAACCGGGUAACGCAAUCCCAAAUAGGAAAUUCCACGCCGACACCGAAUCGGACUCCGAAUCUAAUGUAAUGCUUCGAAGCAAGUGCGACAGACAUGUCUGAUAAUAAAAGGAUAUCUACAAAGUUGCGACUUGUUCCUCAGUCUUAUGUAUCACAAUACCAAGGAACUCUAUUGAUUUUUUUUCAUACUCUUCGGUAUCCACUUAUUCACCAUGGCUGAAAACCAAGCUUCAAAAGAUACCAGUACAUACGAUUCGCAUUCGGAUCAAAUAGAAGAGAAGCGGAAAAUGGAUUCGAACAACGAUGUAGAAGAAAACGAACAACAUACCGAUUUCCGGCGAGGCUUUCGCUUCUGGGCUAUUAUUAUCGGAUUAGGUAUCACGAGUCUCUUGGGUGCUCUCGAGAAUACGGUUGUUACCACAUCGGCACCUGUCAUUGUCUCGGAGCUUCAAAUGGGCGCAAACUACAUUUGGAUCACGAACGCAUUUUUCGUAUGCAGCGCGGCUUUCCAACCUCUAUUCGGUCAACUAUGUAACGUCUUUGGAAGGAGAUGGGUCACUCUGGCUAUUAUAGCGAUAUUUACCCUCGGCAGUGGGAUAUGUGGGGGCGCAAACAGUGGUGCCAUGCUUAUUGCUGGCCGCGCGGUUCAAGGGAUUGGAUCCGGAGGUAUUAUGAUAAUCACUGACAUUAUAGUAUCCGACUUGGUCCCUCUACGGCAGCGCGGAAACUAUAUGGCUGUGAUACUAGCGAUUUAUGGGGUUGGGACAACACUAGGUCCUUUCGUUGGCGGACAGAUCGUACAAGUGACUACCUGGCGAUGGGUCUUUUACAUGAACCUUCCGAUUGGGGGCGUUGCUUUGGUUGUGAUGUAUGCUUGUCUUCAUGUUAAUUACAACAAGGAGAUGACGUUCACGGAAAAGCUUAAACGUCUUGAUUUGGUCGGUAACGGUAUACUCAUAGCUGCGACUGUCGCUGUCCUUUGGGCUCUGACGGUGGGCGGCACGGAAUACUCGUGGGGUUCAUGGAACAUAUUGGUUCCGCUGAUAGUCGGUCUCUCUGGGUUGGGGCUUUUCGCUACAUUCGAGAAAUGGGGAUGGUCGCUGGAGCCAGUCAUGCCACCACGACUUUUUGGUAACCGUACCUCGGUCAUUGUUAGCGUCAACACAUUACUCUAUUCUGCGCUCCUCUACUGGAUCAUGUACUUCAUGCCAGUAUACUUCCAAGCAGUCAAGCUGUACAGCCCCUCCUACUCCGGCGUCGCACUCCUCCCACAAUCCCUCGUCGGCAUCCCAGGAGCCGCCAUCUCAGCAAUCGUCCUCUCCCGCUGGGGGAGGUAUAAGCCUUUACAUUUCGCCGGCUUCGCCAUCUUCACUCUCGGUAUUGGCCUAUUCGCUUACCUAGACGCGGACUCAUCUAAAGCGGAAUGGGUGAUCUUCCAAUGCGUGGCGGCGCUUGGCGCGGGUUUGGUGCUCAACACGCAAUUACCCGCAUUCCAAGCCCAUGUACCUGAAUCCGAUCAGGCUGUCGCGACGGCGUCGUGGUGCUUUAUACGGACGUUUGGGAAUGUGUGGGGUGUUGCGAUUCCUGGGGUCAUAUUUAAUAACCGUAUUAAUCAAUUGUUACCGCGCAUUUCGGAUCCCAAUGUGUCGCAACUGCUAGCUAACGGCGAUGCGUAUCAAUACGGCUCAGCAAACUUCGUGGGGUCGUUCCCUCAGCCGACACAGGGCCAAAUAAUAAGCGUGUAUAGAGAUGCGCUUCAAUUGGUUUUUGAAGUUGCUAUCGCAUUUGGCGGCCUCACGAUUCUGCUAGGUUUGUUCGAAAAAGAGAUUCCGCUACGGACUGAACUAGACACGGAGUUUGGACUGAAGGAUCCAUCUAAGAAGAGCGUCGCGAAAGAGAUGGUGGAUAUAGAGGGCAACGCCGGAGUUUCAGCCGAGGAGCCCAGCCCGAAGAAAUAGCGUGAGGAUUAUAAACUAAGAUGUUAAUAUUGUGAGGUUAUAGGUAUCACUACAGGUUUAGAGUCAGUCUUUUUUUUAGAGUCAUGGAUUUAAAGGUUGGUGGGAUUUGAAUUUUGUCUUCUGGUAUAGAUUGGUAUUUGUAUAAUAG